ACAGCACAUUCGCUCGCUCACACACCUAACUAUCCUCCCCCGAACACAGACAGAUGGCAAUUGCCCACAAGCCCAACCCACGUACCAGGUACGUGCGCACCCUUAGCCCUGUGCACGCUGCGCCUCACCAGCAGAUGGGCCCUGUCACGGGAGUCAGACCCGAGGUUCUCGGGACCUCACCGCGCGGACGUCGAAGGCGCGACCGGGCACCCAUGUUCCAGCACGUCGGACGAUGUGCGGCCCCUCCGCGCGAGUAACGAUACGUCCGAGAUGGGGUGGAAAUGAGUCGCGGGGUCGGAGGGUG